AUGGCUGCCCAAGGCGUCAACUUUCCGCGCUCCCAUCUCACUUUCCAUCAGUCAAGCAAACUCGAGACAAAAGCUCGCAUCAGCGCCGUGUAUGGGUUUACCAACAAGCUGUUGCGCAACGACAGGGAAGAGCAGACGGAGGAGCUAAUCGAGGUGCAAAGUCGAGGCUCGGGUUGGACAAGCUGGCAGGCAUGGGGCUUUGAAGUCAUCGACGGCCAGCGCUAUCAUGUGCGCCGUGCUGUUUUGCAGAAAGAAACAGAGUUUCAAGCGCUGGCAGACGAGCCUCUCGCAGUGAUACACAAGACCAAUGAAGGCCUCGUAAAGAAGUAUAUCAGGCUUCUUCGCGCCAAUCUGGCUCUUCCAAGCGGGGAAAGGAGGCGCCCUACUGCUCUUACCGAUGCUGAAGAGAAGAGUCUACUCUCAUACGCAAGACUCGUCGAAGGCGGCACUUUCGCACUCACGGAGGCAUGCCUCAUCAAUAAGGCCAACUUUAUCCGCCAUCAUCGCCGUCAGGGCUUAACUUCUCAGGAGGCUAGGAUCCAGGAGAUCACUCGCGCCGGCGCCGAGCUUGAGGUUGACGAGCUUGAGGCUUGGUUCCACGAAUAUCAGGCCGUUAUCAAGGAGCUCAGAAUAACGCCAGAAAAUCUAUGGAAUUUCGACGAAACCCCUCUUCAGCUUGGGUGGAUGAAGGGCUCCCUAAAGCUAGUGUCAUUACGGAUGAAGAGGAGCAGAAGGCCCGUCUUCUUCCAGCCUGGGAAUAAGGAGUCGUUAACAUCAGUGGAUGCCAUCAGUGCCGCCGGGAAAGCCAUUCCUUCUUUCCUUAUCCUUAGUGCAAAGUCCCUCCUUGAAGAAUACACGAUGGCUACAAUUAGCGACGACGUUGUCGUUACAUAUACAACAACAGGAUAUAACAAUAGCCAGCGGGCGUUCCAGUGGCUUCAGCACUUCAACCGCUACUCCUUUGCUAGGAUUUAUACAGCAUCAGCAAGACCGUAUCCAGCGAGAGGCGCAGAACCAAGACCCUACGCCGAAUCCGAGGCGUUGACGAUGGCGCCUUUACGAUACAGCAACUACGAGAAAGCGGCCGCCCGGCAGCAAGAAGACCAAGAGGCUAGUGCCAAGCGUGCUCUUAAGGAUAGCGAGACUCAAUUUCGACAUCUCCGUGCUAUGGAUGCCGCACAAACAGCGUCACAGCCUCGUCUACGCGGUGGAGCCGCCGUGGCGGCGAAAGCAGUAGAAGAGGCCAAGUACAGGACAUACAUUCAACAACUCGUGACCCCGGAAGAAGCUGUCGCUCGCGAGGCUCUUCAAGAGCGCUGGACUACGGCUACGGAGGGCUACCGGUAUUUCCUAUGGGCAACACACCCUAAAGGCGAUCUCACAGCUCUUCCUGAUAUCGUGGCCUGGUCACAAGCUCAGGAGGAGGCGCGGGCACAAGCUGCUGCCAACGUGGCCGACGAAGACUCUGAUAUCGAUCAUGACUAUAUAUCUAUGCUGCUUUCUUCAGAGCCGGAUCUCGCGCCUAAUAGCGACGAUGAUGAGGAUGACAUUCAGAUCAUAACAACACAGCGCCAACGCCCGCGUAUUGCGAGACCACCACUAUCGCAGCUUCCACUCGAGCAGCUUCCGCCACGGCAGCCGGUGCAAUUGAACGAAGAAGACGAGGCGGCGAUCCAGGCCGAGCUCAAGGAGGAACGCGUUAUCGUGGGUGUAUACAGCGACGAGGAUAAUGAAGAAGAGGAUGAGCCGGAGGUUGUUAUAUAUGGUAGACGAAUUGCUGUACCAAAGACGCGCGUGCGUCAGGCCUAG